GACAACCAUGUUGCCCUCGACAACUCUGUUGCCAUCGACAACUCUGUUGACCUCGACAACUCUGUUGCCCUCGACAACUCUGUUGCCCUCGACAACUCUGUUGCCCUCGACAACGAUGUUGCCCUCGACAACUCUGUUGCCCUCGACAACUCUGUUGCCCUCGACAACUCUGUUGCCCUCGACAACGAUGUUGCCCUCGACAACGAUGUUGCCCUCGACAACGAUGUUGACCUCGACAACGACGAAGCCUAC